CUGCACCAGCCGCGGGGCGGGAGAGGCGAACGAGUGCCGGCCGUGCAGGGAGCAGCACCGCCGCCUCUCCCCCGACAACAACCUGCACGGCUGGGAAUAAAAACCCUCGCUCCCCGCCGGGAAGGGAGGGCGGUCCGUGGAGCUUUCCUCCGCCCCGCUUUUUUUUAGUGGUUCCCCCCCCCCCCCCUUUUCUUUUUCCCCCGUUUUUCCCUUCUCCAGAAGGAGGACGCCCCGUGGCCGUUUUCCGCUCAGUCCCGGGCUCGCCUGGCCCCAGGGCGCCCGGCAGCGCCGAGGGGCCCCCGGCGCCGCUGCCGGGACGGAGGGGCAGGAUGGCGGCGUCGGCCCGCUUUGUGUUGUAUUUGUGCGUGGGAUGGGGCUGCCUGUGCCCGGCUCUGGGGGAUGCGCUGCGGCCGCGCCGGGUCGGGCUCUGGCGCCGGGCUGCGCCGGGGACCGUGCGGGCCGGCCACGCCCGGACGCCCGCAGGUGACGACGGCCCGGGGCAGCGGUGGCCCGGGCAACCGCCGGCGGCGGACAGAGUGGCGGAGCACAUGCUGCGGCUCUACGAACAGUACCGCGGCAGCCGGGGCCCGCCGACACCACCCGGGCUGUGGCUUCGCCGAGGCAACACGGUGCGAGGCUUUCGCCCGCUGCCGGCAGGGACUCCCGAAGGCCAGGAGAUGUAUGUUUUUAACUUGACAUCACUCACAGAUUCUGAAAAUGUCUUGUCAGCUUCGGUGUAUUAUUAUAUUGGUGAUCUGCUGCAUGUGAAGUGGAACUGUUCCCAGUCCAGUGGCUGUUCUCAUCGCAGGCACAGGAAACCUGAAAUUCAGAUAGGUCUUUCAGUUUGGACCUUUCCUUCAGAAGGGAACCCGACACGGAGCUGGGGGCACUUCCUCAUAAAUUUCUCCUCUGCUUACCAGGAUAUCCUUUCCUGGCAGUGGAAGGAUAUCACUCAACUCCUGCAUGAAGCAAAGCAAAACAACGAACUGCUGAUGAGUAUUAAAAUAGAUCUAACCAGCCAUCAUCCCUGGGAAAAAGCAUCUUCCUCCUACAAACCCUACAUCCUGAUUUACGCCAAUGAUUCUGCUAUCUCAGAGCCAGAGAGUGUGGUCUCUACUUUGCAAGGACACCAUCAGCCUCUGGUGAGGGUCCUUCCCAAGCCAGAAAGCCACAUGAGGAGCAAUGUCAAUAACCGCCGGAGAAAACGGUCUGCAAACAUCAUGUUGCCAUUGCAGAAUAAUGAGCUUCCAGGAGCCAAGUACAGUGAGGAUGAGAGAUGGGAGGGCAGAAAACCCUACAAGACCUUCCAGCCGCAGCUGGCAGACAGGGCCAGGAGCAAGAAAAAGCAGAGGAAGAAUCAUCUCCAGAAGACCCAGACUCUCCAGUUUGAUGAGCAAACACUCAAGAAGGCGAGGAGGAAGCAGUGGAACAAACCAAGGUUUUGCACCCGGCGCUAUCUCAAGGUGGAUUUUGCAGACAUUGGCUGGAGUGAAUGGAUUAUUUCCCCUAAGUCCUUUGACGCCUAUUACUGCUCAGGAGAAUGUCAAUUCCCAAUUCCAAAGGCCAUGAAGCCAUCCAACCAUGCUACCAUCCAGAGCAUUGUGAGAGCUGUUGGAGUCGUCCCUGGCAUUCCCGAGCCUUGUUGUGUUCCUGACAAAAUGUCUUCUCUUAGUAUCUUAUUCUUUGACGAAAACAAAAACGUAGUGCUGAAGGUGUACCCCAACAUGACAGUGGAGUCCUGUGCAUGCAAAUAACACCUUGGGAGGCCUUUUGGCAAUGCCAGGGUGAUUUGGCAAUGCCCUGGGUUCGAGUUCUGCUACUCCCUUGCUGUUUGGGGAAGAGGGUGGGGGGCAGGAGUCUCAUCAUACCUACUUUGUGUUUGCACUGCCAAUGCAUUUCCUUUAGACAAAAAAGAGAAAUUGUAAAGAUACACACUCAAUGAGAAUGGGAACAGAAUGGAUUCCAAAUAGCAAUUCCAGGGAAAGUGAAUACAAACUUCAUUCAUCUGUGAUUUUGACCAAGACACAAGGCUUGGGAAUAGGAUCUGACUGUACCUGUUGAAAGUGAGAGGUGGAAGAGGAAUCUGCAGAUUUUUGACACUGCCCAAAGGACAGUAUAAUAGUAAUGUAUUUUUGUACAAGAUUUUGGAAGCAGCACAAGCUGGUAAUUCUUAUCUCUGAUCUAAUGGUGACUAAUGGCAGGGGGAGGUUAGAAAUAUAAUAGUCUUCAUUUUAAAGCUAAGUUUCUUGCCGUAGGUCUUAGAGUAGUACAGCAAGGCAGCAAAACAAAUCUGACAUCCUAAAAGCUGUAGAUAACCCUACUUGACCAUGCAUCUCCUUUGUAUGAGGUUACCCACCUUGUAUGCGAGUUCCUUUUCUCUGACUUGUACUCUGUAAUUCAGCUCUUUGGAGCUUGGCAACCCUGGGCAGAAGAGCUCAAAACAGAACGACUGAGUGCAUCACUCUGACUUCUGCUAACUCAGCAGGCCAAGGGUAUGAAAAUAUCACGCUCAGUGAAGUGUUCAAAUGACUUGUUCACCACGUGUUCUAGAACAUGCAAAUAAUCUGUAGGUUGUCUACCUGGAAGGACACUGUAAGCAGGUUGUGGAGUGACCUCUUUCCCAGGUAAUAAGCAACAGGACCAGAGGUCAUAGCUUCAAGCUGAACCAGGGGAGCUUCAGGCUGGACAUUAAGAAGAAUUUUUUCAUGGAAAAGAUGGUCAGGCAGUGGUAAGGGCUGCCCAGAGAUGUGGUGGAGUCAGCCUCUAUGGAGCUGUUAAGGAAAGGACUGGAUGGGGCACUCAGCACUCUGAUUUAGUUGGCAAACUGGUGAUCUGUUUUUUCAUGCUCUGGGGGCCCUGAACUCAGCAGCAGCAGAGUGUCACUCCUGGGGCAGGGCUGAUCACAAAGACAGGCACCUUCAACUGAGGAGAGGCUUGUGAGUUUGCAAGAUGGGUUGUUGUCUUAGUUUGAAAGACAGGUGUCUGCUAGGGAAGGGCAGGAUCCACCUUGGGAUGACAAAUUCAAAUCCCCUCCCUCCAAAUUAUUCUAAUUUAGAGAAUUAAAGGGGCUUUCAGGCAGAGGUAUGGGCAUAGGAAUAACAGUCCUUUACUAGUGUGUCUAACAAGGCAAAUAAACAAGAACAACUACACAGCAUUAAUAAUAAACAGAACCAGGAACCUUGAGGGGCUUUGGUUUCACAAAGCCCGGGGCAGUCUGAUCUCUUGGGACUCUGAGAGCACCAAGCCGGAGCGGUGGCAAAAACCCUGGGCUGGUGGAUGAGAUGUAUCAGAAGCUCUGUGGGUGGUGCCUGGAGCGGCAGGGAUGUCCCAGCAGGGCAGGGCAGUGCAGGGCUACAGAGUAGCAGAAAGCCUGGAAGCAGGGCUGAAGGAACAGCAGUGGCAGGACAGGGCAGGCCCGGCAGGGCAGGAGGAGGCGAGCUCAGGGUUCUGGCGUGCUCAGGGUUGCGGUGCACAGGAGCAGAUGGUGGUCGAUUUUUCGAGACCGGACAGGAAAUAACAGCAAACUCCUGCAGCAAGCAGCAGCCUGGCCGUUCUCCCUCCGAUGCCCAGGGCAAAGAGAGCGAAGCUGCCUCUAGCCCUGUCUUUUUACUUGUCCCAAAACUCGCAUUAUCUCCCCUCUCUGAGGGAAACUCCCAGAGACCCAAAAACAGUAGGUGUAGCUUGGUGCUGCUAUCUGCUUUGGCCACUUCUUUGUUUUAGUCAAACACUCAGUCAUUAAGUCUCCUAGCAACUUAUGGGAAAAAAUUUUGUAAGUAAAAAAGAAACAAAUCUAACACCCCCAACAGUUGUUUAAUGACUCCUUUUCCCUUGUAAAACCAGCAUUGUUAAAUGAUUUCUGGUGGAAGGUUUUUCUGUGUACAGACUUUCAAUUUAAUAAAAUGAAAAGCACCCCCAAAAGAAAAGUUAUUUUGUAUAUGAAAAGAAACUAUUACAGAUGCUUCUAAUUUAUUUUAUAUCAGUGGCCCUCCUUAACAUAUCUUCCUUUCUCUCAGCACUCUUUAAACCAUGCAGUUUUCUCUGUUAGGGCAAAGAUGAACUGCCAGGACUGUAGGGGAGCUCCAAAGGACAGGUGCACCUACAGUUUGAAGGGCAUGUUUUACUGCUGAUGGAUAAGCUCGUCUGAUCUGUAUUGUUUUCCUUCAGUAAUACAGACAUUCGGCUCAGAACUCUGAGAAAUGUAAAAUAAAAUUACUUUAAAAUUGAAAUCUGGCUUCUCCUGUGUGGUACUCAGAUGUUUGCAAGAACAUUAAAGAUUUCCCAGCGUUCGUAGCACUCUGGCACCAGUCCAGUGCUCAUGUCCUCCCUUUGUCAGGUGGUACUGAAGGGUGAAAGGCAGCAGUGGAACUGACAGCACAUGGGCAGUGAUGUACCCAACACGUCACACCAUGCUCCAGGGCGGGAUGCAACCGGGCAAUGUGGUGCCUGCACACUGGUGUUAUAAAAGAAAUGUUCCUAAACGUAUAAGUUCAAUUAGUUGUGAGUCUGAUGUUUCAAAUUGGAUAGUUAAGUCAGUGUUUCUAUGUUUCUAAUUGUAUAAGUUUAAGUAGAUGAAUGUUUCUGGGGUGUUAGGUUGAAUGUUGCAAUGUAUAAGUAACAGUUCUUAAGUUUGUAGGUUUGGGGUACAAGUUAAUUAAUGUCUCUGCAAACGCUGGGAGUGUGACAACAAGAAUAGCUCCACAGAUGCCGUCAUGCAGGCAGCAUCAAAACCACGAGCCUGGAUUGGUAGGGGCAAGGGACCAAUCACUCGACGCCCUGGCAGAAUGAUUGGUCCAGGAUGACUCUCGUUAUAAACCAAUCAAAUCCUAGACAACUGGCCAAUCGGAGAGAAGAUCCUGAGCGCCCCAAUCAGAAGAGAGCAGGAGCAGAUAAAAGGGAGCGUUGAAGCUCUGCCAGAGGUCUCUGGCAGACACAAUGUAUCCAAAGGAGCACCCGGUGUACUGAAUUGUUACACUGUAGUUUUGUACGUGUUCUCUGGCUUGUGAGGAGUCUAGGCUUAUCCUGGGCUCCCGUCUUUGGUAGUUUAACAGAAUAAACGAGGAAUUUUUUUUUUUUUAUUUUUCCACCCGA